AUGGCGGUUUCCCGGAUGGCGAUCGCAAUGAGGCCGUCCUCCGGUUUGUCCUUCCCCACGGGAAGAGCGAAUUGGCCGUUCGGGAGCUCCGCCGUCGUGGCUUCGGUGUCGGGUGGGAGGACGUGCAUCCAACGCCUGAUCGAAGAGGAUGGCAUCGUGCUGAUGCCCGGGUGCUACGACGCGUUGUUGGCGGCCAUCAUCCAGAAAUCGGGGUUCCGCGCCGGGUUCAUCUCUGGUUAUGCUCUCUCUGCCUCCCUCAUUGGCAAGCCCGACUUCGGCCUCCUCACACCCCCGGAGAUGGCGGAGACUGCUCGAUCUGUGUGUGCGGCGUCUCCUUUGAUUCCCAUUAUCGCUGAUGCUGAUACGGGAGGCGGCAAUGCUCUGAAUGUACAGAGGACCGUUAAAGGUUUGAUUGCCGCUGGUGUUGCUGGUUGCUUUCUUGAGGAUCAAGCUUGGCCAAAGAAGUGUGGACAUAUGCGUGGAAAACAGGUGAUACCAGCUGAGGAGCAUGCUGUGAAAAUAGCAUCUGCAAGAGAUGCAAUUGGUGAUGCUGACUUUUUUCUUGUUGCCCCGACUGAUGCUCGUGCAAUCUCAGUUAACUCUGGUCUAUCAGAUGCAAUUGCAAGAGCUAAUCUCUACAUGGAGGCAGGAGCAGAUGCCUGCUUUGUGGAGGCACCAAGGGAUGAUGAUGAACUGAGGGAAAUUGGCAGGCGCACAAAUGGGUACAGAGUGUGCAACAUGAUCGAGGGUGGAAUUACACCUUUGCACACUCCUCAGGAGCUCCAAGAAAUGGGCUUUCAUCUCAUUGUUCACCCCCUCACAACUCUCUAUGCAUCUGCCCGUGGAUUAAUUGACAUCCUCAGGGAUCUGAAGGAAGCAGGAACCACUAGAGGCCAGCUCCACAAGCUUGCCACGUUUGAGGAGUUCAACAAACAGAUUGAAUUGGAUUCAUGGUUUGAACUUGAAGCUCGGUACUCCAAAACCAGAAAGUUCCGCUCACAAGUGAAAAACUAACAAAUCAUGUUGGUGAUGAAAACCGUAGUUUGUUAAGCUUUCUGAGGAAACUUUCUACACUUAACUAAUUGACCAGAUCAGGUAAGCUGGUGUUUUUCUA